CAGAGCCAGCGAGAGAGGCAGCGGGUAGUUUCCACUGUCCUCCUCCCAACGCUCCAACCUCUAGUCCGCCAUCAUCAUCCGCCUUUCGUACUCCUCCUCUUCACAAUCUCCUCUCCUCUCUCUCUCUCUCUCUCUCUCUCUCUCUCUCUCUCUCUCUCUCUCUCUCUCUCUCUCUCUCUCUCUCUCUCUCUCUGUGGCUUGCCCGUGAAAAUGGCGCCCUUGUACGUCCGCAGCCUGGCGGCUGUCUUCACCGUCAUGAUGUUGGUUUCUCCUUUCUCCGUGAGAGCUCAGUUGGUACCCGGCGGCGAUCUGGUGACGAGCAUGGCUAACUAUGGGCUCACCACUUUCGUUAGCCUUCUGAAGCUCGCUAAGGUUGACGAAUCCUUGAAGGGCAUAGCCGCCACGGGCCCUGUGACUGUCUUCGCCCCCUCCGAGGCGGCUUUUGCGGUGCUUUCCAGCGCUUACCCGGCGCAACUGGCCUGCGUUACGACAGGACAAGGAAUCGACAACUACCUCAGCCAGAUCCUCAAGUAUCACAUCUUGCCCAACGGCAAUUUCACAGCAAGCAAGCUGACGAAGCUGACCCAGGUGAGCACGCUCAUUGGGCUGCCCAUCCAGCUGGAGUACACACUUCCCUCUGGUCCGCUGAAGUUGGAUAUGACGGCUGAAGUGGUGCAGGCAGACGCUAUCUUCGCCGGCAAUGGCACAGUGCACGUGAUCGAUUCCGUGUUGAUUCCAGAGACCAUCCUUCCGGCAUUGAUGGACCAAUGCGGAGGCGCAGCUCCUUCAUCAGUUGCCCCUGUGCCGGGCCUUUAAGUAAGUUUCAUGUUAGUACUCGGUCUAAUAAUAAAUAUGGCAUUGCUGAAUCUCCUGGCUGUUAGCCAAGUAGGAGAGAACAAAGCCUAUCAUUUGGUGGAUGGCCAACGGUUUUCACUCCUUAUCUUAUUAGUUCUGAAGACGUAAGUAGGAUUUUCCUCGUCGUCGCACCUCACUUAUCGAAAUCGCCUUGCGGUUCGUUUCACCUUGCUAUGAGCAUGCGAAUAAAUCCCUCCCAAAGUCUCUCCUUAUACUGUACUCAUCUUCUACCCACUCAUUCACCCUCCUUUCUUCCUCCUCUCUCUCCCUUUCUUCUUCUUCUUCUUCUUCUUCUUCUUCUUCUUCUUCUUCUUCUUCUUCUUCUUCUUCUGCCGCUGCUGCUGCUGCUGUUCCUGCUGCUGCUGCCAUUGCUUCCUCCUCGUUCGCUUCUUCUUCUUCUUUCUUUCUUUACUCCUGCUUUCCCUUCUGUUUGACAGUUAGGCGGGGAGGAUGAUAUGGAGGUGAUUGAUCAUCACUAUGAUGACAUAAUGAGUAUCAUGUGGAGCGCAGAUAGAUUGCAGGGAAUUCGCAUUUCUUCUUCACGAGGGAGCGAUAGUUCAGUUCGGCGUCAUUUGAGGGCGGUAGCUGACUAUUACAUCAGGUCUGACAACAUAUAUUUUUUACACUAAGUCUUAGGGAAUCCAGUGUGGCGACGUUUACAAAACCUUUAACAAAACAUCAAUUUGAAAUACAAGUCAAGUUACGAACAGUUAUUAGUUUUUCCUAGAGGUAGGCCGCAGUAAUAGUCGCAGUAGCAGUGGCAGCAGCAGCAGAAGCAGCAGCAGCAGCAGCAGCAGCAGUACUAUUGAACUGUGAGCUGCUGCAGUGUCCACGUAUCGAGCUAGCAUGGCUAUGGCUAUUCUUCCGCCUCAACAAAGACUAGGAUAACUACGACGACGAAGACAACAAAGAAGAAGAAGAAGAAGAAGAAGAAGAAGAAGAAGAAGAAGAAGAAGAAGAAGAAGGAGAAAGAGUGACCUCUGCAUCAGGCAACAUGUAAGCAGCACGUGCAUGAAAAGCAACCUCUUAUCUGAUUUGAAAAUUUGAUUAUUCCACUGGCUUUUCAGCUCGUCCACCGCUCCACCCAUGGGUUCAGUUUUGGCGUCCGACGUCCGUUCGACUUUGGUGUACCUUGUGCGUACUACUCCGUUGGGAGAGACGAGAAUGCCCGUCAGGCGUAAUCCCUUCUCUCGGGGCUGACCGACCAGGGUCCAGGAGAGGUUUAUGCCAUCCUCAUAAAUGCAGCUGUUCCAAGGCAGUGGUCUGACCUGCCGGCGAAAUAGGCAGAACAGCGUCAGUCGCCGUCCGAAGCUUUGAAUCUGCGGGGUCGACACAACGGACGACAUUUUAUGAUAACGAGACAGGCAGCCGGGCACACAGUGUUGCUGAGUGACUGGGUCGGUUGGGAGGCGAGAGAGAGAGAGGAGCUAGUGAGUGUGCGCGUGUGUGUUACAUCGAGGGAGCAUGAUACCUUUACAAUGAGAUAAUCUAAACGCAUUGUGAUGCGUGUCUGAGUGUGUGCCGCCGGGCAUGUCACAUGUGUCACAGUGUCCGUGCUUGUGGAGCUGCCAGUCAACAUUUGUCGCAGAAAAUGAAAAGAAAAUGUCAGAUUGAUUGGGAUUCCGGAAAUUGGAUUUGUGGAGCACUGCUGGACAGGAUCAGAGAUAAGUAUCAGCUCCGAUUUUGAAUUGCAAUAACUUCUCUUCUUACUCGUUUCUCAGGACCUUACCUGGGCAAUCG